AUGAACUCAAAGAACAAAAAGGACAAAAAACGAAGCAAGUUAGAUCAACUUCUUCAUAUCGACCAUAGCGACGUUUACUUCGAAAACGAAAGACUUGAUACAGAGUUGGCUCGGACAAUCGAACAGCUAUGCAAGGAUUUUCACCGUGUAACUUCACAGCACGAGUUGGAUAUCCUAGACCAGAAGGAGACUAUUGUCGGUCUCAAAGCAAUACAGAGUACUUCUGAGCAUCCGCUUCUAGCCCAAUCUGCCAACAAACCCCGACGUCCACGUCCGAAACAAAAGAAGAAAAAAGAUUCAGACUCCGAAGACUCAUGGGGUGGUGAUUCCGACUCUUCCGAGGACUUUUCGUUCAGAAAACCUACAGGUAAAAUUCGAUCUCUUCCUAACGGUGGCGCUGACGAGGAAGAAGACGAACGGCAAAGAGUUGCCAGAUUACGUCGUGGAAAUAAAAACAAAAGAAAGAAAUUUCCGAAGGAAUGGUACACGUCUGUUCUCCCGGCUACUGACGUCCCAAUUCCUCGCAUUCGAAGACAGCAAUCAGCGCCGCCAGGUGCAAAAGGACAGAGGCCAUCGAACAAUUCAAAUUCUAGAGCAAAAUCAUCAAACCCAUUCUACAGAACCAUGUCGACUACAACAAUAUCAAGCCGUCCAGAAUCAGAAGGUGGACUUAAAAUAAUAUGCAGCAAGCCUGUGAAACCCGUUGUUAUGUCAUUACGAAAACUGAAGGAAAUAUCCCAUAUAGACAAUUUAGCUGAUAGAAUACCAAACAAACGUGCUAUUCGACAACAGGGUCUGUUGCAGGCAACGAAAGCGCGUAGGGAAGAACUAGACGAUGAAGUGAAAAGCUUCAUUAAGACAAUAGAUGAGAAAAUCCUCAAGGACGAAGAGGAUAUUAAAGAAAAGGAAGCUGAAAAGGAGUCCGAAUCUAUGUAUGCAGAUUUGCUUAACGUGCCUGAUCAAAUACCACAAUAA